GUUUAGUAAUGAAACUGAAAUAUGAAAAAUCCUCUUACAUGCUUUUCAGCAAAGAGGAUCCUGGGGUAAUGCGAUUGCUUAUGAUGUCUGAUAAGUUCUAUAAAACUUCCAAAAGUAUUAUACUGGAUACGAAUACCUUAGAAGGCACCCAGAAAUAUUUUAAACUUAUAAGGUUGAGCAUGAAAUGCCUACGAAUCAUGCUAAUUCGGAGACUCAAGAUUAUGAAAGAGCAGAAUUUUAUUGCAGUCAUUUGAAGGAAUUUGCUAUAUUCCUAGGUCUAGUAGACCCUGGUAAAUUUGAGGAAAAGGGAAUACCAGUACAAAUGCGUUUAAUGUACUACCUACUCAAUUUACUCGGAUUUCUUCUCAAAGGACAAAUGAUCGAGCUUAAAGGGUGUGCAAAGUCGAUUGAAGGCAUAAUCCAAAAGGAAAGGGAGGCUCAAUGGAAAACAUGGACUUCACAGGGCCAAAUCAGUAUUACAAUCAAUAUUUCUCAAUCUAAUGAAUCUAUUGCCUUCCAGUUGUACUGGCUUAACAAUAUGGAGUUUGUCUCGCUUUACAGGUUGGUUACAGGAGUUGGACUCAUUAGUCAGGGCCUUGCUGCUGCGGCAUUAGCCCCUUUAAAGUCUGGCCUUCGUGCUAUGUCUAGUCUAAUGAAUGGGCCCGAGUUUAAUGCCGUACCAUUUUGUGGGUCUCUUGGCCAGUUGAACAACCAUCUAGUAACCAGUGGGAGGAUAAUUUUCAAUUUCCUAUUCUACAUUGAAUGGAUUAAAUCCCUAAAUCAGAUCAACUGUGACAUAUGUGGUAUCAUAGAAGACAGCGAUGGCCUAGUUUCCAAACUUAAUGAGCGAUAUUUGACUAAUUGUGAUAAUUUCACUGUGGCACAUAUCUAUCAAAGGAAAGAUCAAUAUCUUAAAACUUUAAUCAAACUCAAAAGUCACAACUUGAACGAUUCGGUGAAAUGUUUCAGUCAAUUAUUGACACAAACGUCUUUGCCCGUCGAUAUCAAGGUAUUUUCAAUAAUUCAAAAUAUUAAUGCCUUGCUUGAAGUAAGGGAUUCGUUAAGCCAUGAUGAUGAUCUGUAUGGCCAUACCAUGGUGACAAUACAAAACCUCAAAAAUAUGCUCAAUGAUUUCAUGAACUCAAAAGAAAAAUAUGAACAUGGUUCGUUCUUACAAGCCAACGCAGAGGUUGUUGAUAUGAUUCUUGUUAUUUCUUUAGUCGCUGAGCCAACUUCGACCAAAAACCACCAUAAAAUAUUUGGCGUCCUAAAGAAUUUAAACCAAGACGAGAUUUGUACACCGUUCUUGAAAAUAUUGACCAGUUUGAUAUGUAGUUUCAAUGAGAGCUCUUUGGUCACUGCUGAUGAAAGGCUACAGGAUUGCUUCAAGGCUUCAAAGAGACUUGGCAAAUCAUACAAUGAUAAUGUCCUUCGAGUGGCGAUUUCAAAAGGUGAAAUGUAUCUUUUGGAAAAAAAAGGAGCACCAGCUGCUGAAAUUGAAGAGAUCAAAUUCAGAAUCAUGGAAAUCGAAAAGACACAAUCAAACAAAACUCAACGUAAUAGAUCUUGAUCUUUUAUUCCUUUAUAAAUUAUACACAAAAUAGAACUGAGUUCUAAUAAUAUAAAAUGCUUAAUUAUUCCUUUUUAGACUUUUUCUUCUUUGGUGAUUCCUCAUCUUCAGCCUUACGCUUCUUUUCCUUCUUUUCCUUCUUUUCUUUCUUCGUUGGUGUCUUCUUCGAUAACUUCGGUGGAUUUCUUUGGCAAUUGAACUUCUGGAACCUCUAACUUGGAAGCUGGGACAGGGGGUGCUGGUUCAUCAUCAUGGUCUUUGUACUCACUCUUCCAUGUUUCAGGAGUGUUCUCGUUGGAUCUUCCG